AUGGCAACUUUAACCAACGGACAGGUGGACGGCUCGCUGCACGGCGUGGGCAUGGUCUCCGUCAGCACCAACGGCCUGGUGAACGGAUUAAGCCACAGCCACAGCCCAGUGGGCUGCGCGGCCACCAUCCCCAUGAAGGACCACGAUGCCAUCAAGCUGUUCAUCGGGCAGAUCCCGCGGAACCUGGACGAGAAGGACCUGCGGCCUCUGUUCGAGGAGUUCGGCAAGAUCUACGAGCUCACGGUGCUCAAGGAUCGCUUCACGGGCAUGCACAAAGGCUGUGCCUUCCUCACCUACUGUGCCAGAGAGUCCGCCCUAAAAGCCCAAAAUGCUCUCCAUGAACAGAAGACUCUGCCAGGGAUGAACAGACCUAUCCAAGUGAAGCCAGCAGACAGUGAGAGUCGAGGAGAAGACAGAAAGCUAUUUGUGGGCAUGCUCAACAAGCAGCAGUCGGAGGACGAUGUGCGGCGUCUCUUCGAGGCCUUCGGCGGCAUCGAGGAGUGCACCAUCCUCAGAGGUCCUGAUGGAAACAGCAAAGGCUGUGCGUUCGUGAAAUACUCAUCCCACGCUGAAGCCCAGUCAGCCAUCAGCGCGCUACACGGCAGCCAGACCAUGCCCGGGGCCUCGUCCAGUCUGGUGGUGAAGUUCGCAGACACGGAUAAGGAACGCACCAUUCGCCGCAUGCAGCAGAUGGCCGGUCAGAUGGGCAUCUUCAACCCCAUGGCUCUGCAGUUCGGAGCGUAUGGAGCCUACGCCCAGGUGCAGCAGCAGGCGGCGUUGAUGGCGUCCGUGGGCCAGGGGGGCUACCUCAGCCCCAUGGCGGCGUUCGCGGCCGCCCAGAUGCAGCACAUGGCCACCAUCAACGGCAUCCCUGGGGGACCCAUGACCCCCACGUCAGGAGGUAGUACCCCGCCUGGUAUCAGUGCCCCCACAGUGACCAGCAUCCCCUCCCCUAUCAGUGUCAACGGCUUCACUGGACUGACACAGCAGCAGGCCAAUGGGCAGCCCCCUGCCGAGGCUGUCUUCACCAAUGGGAUUCACCCUUACCCUGUGCUGCAGGAGAUGGUCUUUAGGGAGGAGUCAGAGAAAAACGGCCUGGCCGUGGCUCCCAGGAGCUGUUUUGGUGUCCAGGGGGGCUGCUUCCUCUCCUCUCUCUCUGAAGCUCAGAGUCCCACUGCAGCUGAUCCUCUUCAGCAGGCUUACACAGGAGUCCAGCAGUAUGCAGCCUAUCCCGCUGCAUACGGUCAGAUCAGCCAGGCCUUCCCCCAGCCAGCCCCCAUCAUCCCCCAGCAGCAGAGAGAAGGGCCGGAAGGCUGCAAUCUGUUCAUCUACCACCUUCCCCAGGAGUUUGGGGAUGGAGAGCUGAUGCAGAUGUUCCUUCCUUUCGGUAAUGUCAUCUCCUCCAAAGUGUUUGUGGAUCGGGCGACAAACCAAAGUAAAUGCUUUGGGUUUGUGAGCUUUGACAACCCAGGAAGUGCGCAGGCCGCCAUCCAGUCCAUGAACGGCUUCCAGAUCGGCAUGAAGAGACUCAAGGUGCAGCUGAAGAGGCCGAAGGACGCCAACCGCCCCUACUAG